CCUUUUGGGGGGUUCCUCAUUUUGGGGAAGGGUCCCUCCCUUUAAGAGUCUCUCCCUUUUGGGGGUCCCUCAUUUUGGGGAAGGGUCCCCCCUUUAUUUUAAAGUCUCUCCCUUUUGGGGGUCCCCUUUAUUUGGGGGCUCACUCCCCUUUUAGUUUAGGGAUCUGUCCAUUUUACGAGAAACUCUCCUUUUGGGGGUCUCUUCCCUUUGGGGAGCUCCCUCCUUUUUGGGAAGGGCCUUCCCAUUAUUUAGGGGGCUCUAUUGAGAGGAUCUCUAUCUCUUUUGGGGGGGUCUCUCUUUUUUGGUGAAGGGUCCCCCUUUUAUUUUAAGCCUCUCUCCCUCUUGGGGGUCCCUUCUUUUUGGGAAGGGUCUCCCCCUUUAGUUGAGGGGCCUCUUCCUUGAUUGGGGGGAGUGUCUCUUUCUCUCUCUGCUUUUGGGGGGCAUGGAGGGGGUGCCGGGCUUCGAGAAGCCUUUCGGAGGUGUGCUUCCUCCUCCGCCACCAAUGGAUUCGAACCCGGCUUCGAGGAAGAACUUCAGCGUGAGCCACUUGCUGGACCUGGAGGAAGUGGCCGGGAUGAACGGGGGUCCACAGGCCGGAGCUGGGCCCCGGGACGGAGCAGGAGCCCCCCAUGAACAGCCCUCCGGUGGCAGCAGUGGCAGUGAAGAAGGAGGAGGAAGAGGAGGAAGAGGAGGAGGAGGAGAAGGCCUGCAAGAAGGUGACAGCUUGAGUCCGAGCCGCAGUUCAGGGAAGAGGAAGAAGAAGCAGCGGCGAAAUCGCACCACGUUCAACAGCAGCCAGCUCCAGGCCCUGGAGAGGGUCUUCGAAAGGACGCAUUACCCGGACGCCUUCGUGCGUGAGGAGCUGGCGCGGCGGGUGAGCCUCAGCGAGGCACGGGUGCAGGUUUGGUUCCAGAACCGAAGGGCCAAGUUCCGGCGCAACGAGCGGGCCAUGCUGGCCAACCGGUCGGCCUCCCUCCUCAAGUCCUACAACCAAGACGCAGCCAUAGAGCAGCCCAUGGCUCCCCGGCCCACCACCCUCGGCCCUGACUAUCUUUCCUGGUCCACCAACUCUCCAUACAGCAACACGGUGCCCUCCUACAGCUCCAGCCCCUCUGCCGCCCCUCCGGCCCAAGGGGUCAACAUGGCCAACAGCAUCGCCAGCCUCCGCCUCAAAGCCAAAGAGUUCAGCCUCCAUCAGAACCAGGUGCCCACCGUGAACUGAGAGAGUGGGGAUGCCCCGGAUCACCAACCCGACACUCCCCGCCCCAAAAAAGACCUCCGACGGACCUUCUGAAACUGCAGAUUUAGCACUCCUUUUCAUGAAACAUCUCUACCAAUUCAUUUGGGGAUAUUUGCAACUUUUUCCGGCCCUACUUUGGAACUAGGGAGCAGGAGUUCUCCCAUUUUCAGCCUCUGGACAUUUUAGACUACAACUCCCAGCAUUCUUGGCCAGGGCAGAAUUCUAAGUGCCACACCACUCUAAGAAUCCCAGGAUUGUGAUCACACAGCAAGCUCUUCUUUAUGGGGUUUCCCAUCCACGAUGAUGGCGCCAAA